AUGUUUAUUUGUCUUCUGCAGCUUGCAAAAAGCCAAAAAGACGCAGAGGCUGCACCUUUUGUCUUUGCUUUAGUCGAUUGGCUGAGAGAAAAGCGUCGCAUAUUUUCUGAAGACGUGAUAUUGAAUCUGAGCGAAGACAGCCCAGUGCCGAUUGCAAGCGGUUUGAAGGGGCAUUGCUGGAGAGACAUAGCGCAUGAUUGCAGAGUAACUUGGUUAGCAUUUUAUCGGGACUCAAUCAAUGAUCAGGUGAAGUAUAUGUACUUAGCAGCUCAAUCAGGAUUUAAAGGACAACAAGACUUCCUAAAAUAUGAGAAGGCAAGAAGAUUAAAACAAUUUGUCGUUAAAAUUAGAGAAGACUAUAGCAAAAAGAUGAAGAGCAACGACUCUAUUGAAAGACAGCUGGGGACGGCUACAUAUUUAAUUGACUUCUUAGCUCUUCGUGUCGGAGGCGAGAAAGAUACAGAUGAGGAGGCGGACACCGUUGGUUGUUGCAGUCUGCGAGUCGAACAUAUUGCAUUUGACGAAGAUAAAAAAGAAAUAACGCUGGACUUCUUAGGCAAAGAUUCAAUUAGAUAUUAUAAUACUGUCAAGAUAGACCCGCAGGCAUUUAAAAAUUUACAAGCAUUUUGUAGAGGCAAGAAAGCAGAUGAUGAUGUCUUUGAAUCUAUCAAUAGCACUUCUUUAAAUAAUCAUUUAAAACAGUUAAUGCCGGGGUUAAGUGCGAAGAUGUUUAGGACAUACAACGCCAGCAUAACCCUUCAGCAAGAGCUCGAUAAGCUACAGCCGACUUUGGCGAAAUUCAAGGAGGAAGUAGAGAGAGAGAGGAUGAAGAAAGAGGCGAAGACAAAAACAAAAAAAGCAAAGACAGAGCCUCAAGCUGCUGCAGCAGCAGCAACAACAACAGCAACAGCAACAGCAACAGCAGCAGCAGCAGCAGCAGAAGACAGUGAUGAAGCCCCCCUUAAAGAGCAAAAAGUAAAGAGAGAAACAGAUAAAGACAAAGAAGAACAAAAAGAAACUCAAGAAGUUCUCAAUGUAGAUAUCUCUGAUGUUAACCAACUCGUGCAAUUCUAUAACGAUGCUAACAGGGCUGUUGCUAUACUAUGCAAUCACCAGCGCUCUAUACCGAAGCAGCAUGCAGCUUCAAUGGCACGGCUACAACAUCAACUGAGCGCAAUUGAAGAAGAUUUAAGAGAAUGCGAGGAGUUUUUAGCGUUUUGCAAGAAGGAUAAACAGCAAAAACAAUUUAAAUUCAAGUCUGAUUUUAAAACUCUAAAAGGAGAGCCGCGAAAGUCAGUUGUGCGCGAAGGAAUGAAGGAGGAUGCUGUUCUUAAGAAGAUUGCACAGCUUAAAAAGAAAAAGCAAACGCAUUUGCUGCGCAUGCAUAUCAAAGACAGCAACAAAACUGUAGCCUUAGGGACUUCCAAAAUUAAUUAUAUGGACCCACGUAUAACUGUUGCAUUUUGUAAGAAGUACGAGCUACCUAUUGAAAAGAUAUUUAAUAAA